AUGGAGCCCGUCUGCUGCUGGGAAGUGAGAACACACCCAGAUGUUUCCACUACCGUGGGGACCCCUGCUAGAGAUGGCCCAGCUGUUACUACCGUGGGGACCCCUGUCAGAGAUGGCCCAGCUGUUACUACCGUGUGGACCCCUGCUAGAGAUGGCCCAGCUGUUACUACCGUGGGGACCCCUGCCAGAGAUGGCCCAGCUGUCACUACCGUGGGGACCCCUGCCAGAGAUGGCCCAGCUGUUACUACCGUGGGGACCCCUGCCAGAGAUGGCCCAGCUGUUACUACCGUGGGGACCCCUGCUAGAGAUGGCCCAGCUGUUACUACCGUGGGGACCCCUGUCAGAGAUGGCCCAGCUGUUACUACCGUGUGGACCCCUGCUAGAGAUGGCCCAGCUGUUACUACCGUGGGGACCCCUGCUAGAGAUGGCCCAGCUGUUACUACCGUGGGGACCCCUGUCAGAGAUGGCCCAGCUGUUACUACCGUGUGGACCCCUGCUAGAGAUGGCCCAGCUGUUACUACCGUGGGGACCCCUGCUAGAGAUGGCCCAGCUGUCACUACCGUGGGGACCCCUGCUAGAGAUGACCCAGCUGUCACUACCGUGGGGACCCCUGCCAGAGAUGGCCCAGCUGUUACUACCGUGGGGACCCCUGUCAGAGAUGGCCCAGCUGUUACUACCGUGUGGACCGCUGCUAGAGAUGGCCCAGCUGUUACUACCGUGUGGACCCCUGCUAGAGAUGGCCCAGCUGUUACUACCGUGGGGACCCCUGUCAGAGAUGGCCCAGCUGUCACUACCGUGGGGACCCCUGCCAGAGAUGGCCCAGCUGUUACUACCGUGGGGACCCCUGCCAGAGAUGGCCCAGCUGUCGCUACCGUGGGGACCCCUGUCAGAGAUGGCCCAGCUGUCACUACCGUGGGGACCCCUGUCAGAGAUGGCCCAGCUGUUACUACCAUGGGGACCCCUGUCAGAGAUGGCCCAGCUGUUACUACCGUGUGGACCCCUGCCAGAGAUGGCCCAGCUGUCACUACCGUGGGGACCCCUGCUAGAGAUGGUCCAGCUGUCACUACCGUGGGGACCCCUGUCAGAGAUGGCCCAGCUGUCACUACCGUGGGGACCCCUGCCAGAGAUGGCCCAGCUGUUACUACCGUGGGGACCCCUGUCAGAGAUGGCCCAGCUGUUACUACCGUGUGGACCCCUGCUAGAGAUGGCCCAGCUGUUACUACCGUGGGGACCCCUGCUAGAGAUGGCCCAGCUGUCACUACCGUGGGGACCCCUGUCAGAGAUGGCCCAGCUGUCACUACCGUGGGGACCCCUGUCAGAGAUGGCCCAGCUGUUACUACCGUGUGGACCCCUGCCAGAGAUGGCCCAGCUGUUACUACCGUGGGGACCCCUGCUAGAGAUGGCCCAGCUGUCACUACCGUGGGGACCCCUGCCAGAGAUGGCCCAGCUGUUACUACCAGAAAAAUUGAUUAA